UUUUAUCGAAAACUUUCCUUUAUUGAAUGGAUGAAAUUUUUUGUGAUAAAAUCCAAUUAAAUUAAAUUAAAUUAAAUUGAAAAUAUGCAACGAAUACGUGAUACAUUUCGUCGUCGUGCAGGUGGUGGUGGUGAAUCUCAACGACAAUCACAAUCCCAAUCACAAUUGAUAAUCGGUUCAUCUGAAUCAUCAUCAUCAUCAUUAGCAUCAUCACCGGCUGCAAUAAUGACCACAACAUCGACAAAUUCAUCAUCAUCAUCAACAUCAUCGACAUUAGAACAACAAGCAAAAGCCGAAGCAUUUCGACAACAAAAUCGUUAUCGUCGACAACAAUUAAUACAACAACAACAACAACAAAAAUUAUCGAAAAAACAUUUACGUAAUAAUAGUACAAAUGGUGGUGGUGGAAGUAGUGGAAAUUUAUACGGUGCAAGUAGUACAAAUAAUAUUGGUGGAAUAAGUUUAUCCGGUAAUUAUAUGUUAACCGGAUUUAAUUCAACAAAUUCAACACCAAAACAUCGUUUAAAAUUAUCACCAUCAUCAUCAUCAUCGAUUAUUGUUGUUGAUGAUGGUAGCGGAAAUGGAAAUAAUAAUAAUAUUGGUGGUGCUACCGGUGGUGGUGGUAGUGGCAGUGGUAAUUUUUGGUGUAGUACAGGUGGUAUGAUGCGUUCAUAUGAUCAUUUGGAUAUGAUGAUUGAACCAAGACGUGAACAGCAAUCGCAAUCGCAACAACAACCGCAAUCACAAUCUGAUAAUAGCAGUAAUGAUUAUGAUUAUCAAUCAAUCAUAAUGAUGAUGGAUCAGAAUAAUCAGAAUAACCAGAAUUUAUUACAAAUGGAUACAUCAGGAUCAGGAUCAUCAUUAUUACAGAUACCAACGUAUAAUAAAAUACGUUCAGCAUCAUUUGAUGAUUCACGAUCAUCGAUGCGUAUGAUGAUGAUGAUGAAUAAUAAUGUUCCAGGCUGUGGUAACGGAAGUGGUGGCGCCACUGGUGGUCUUAAUGUACCAUCAUUAUCACAGGAUGGACGUAAUAUGUACCAAAAUGGAAAUUAUUAA